UUCCCCUCUCUCAUCAUGCUCCACUCCCUCCUCCACCCCUCCACCACCACCUCCUCCUCCUCCAUGUCCUCCUCCGGCAAACGCCCCCUCGACCCCUCCUCCCCCCCUCCCGCCCCUCUCAAGCGCUCUUGCAGCAGCAGCAACAACAUCGGUGAUAACAACAACAGCAGCAACGAAAAAAAUGAUAAAGAGGAAAAUGACCUCUUUGCCCCUGUCCCCGACCCGGACUCCUCCGGGCUCCGCCUCCUCGGCCUCCUCCUCCAAUGCGCCGAGUGCGUGGCGGUCGACAACCUCGACGAGGCCGGGCAGCUCCUCCCGGAGAUCGCGGAGCUCUCCUCCCCCUUCGGCUCGUCCGCCCAGCGCGUCGGCGCCUACUUCUCCGACGCCCUCUCCGCCCGCAUCAUCAGCUCCUUCCUCGGCACCUACUCCCCCCUCCACCCCCCCUCCAAAUCCCACCACCGCAACCUCCUCAACGCUCUCCAAAUCUUCAACUCCAUCACUCCACUCAUCAAAUUCUCCCACUUCACUGCCAACCAGGCCAUCCAGCUGGCCGUCGACGGCGCAGACCACGUCCACGUCAUCGACCUCGACAUAAUGCAGGGCCUCCAGUGGCCCGGCCUCUUCCACAUCCUCGCCUCGAAGACGAAGAAAAUCAAGUCUUUCAGGAUCACAGGGCUUGGCCCUUCGGCCGAGCUCCUGAGCUCCACAGGGCGGCGGCUGGGCGAAUUCGCCGCCGCCCUAAACAUUCCCUUCCAGUUUCAGCCACUGGAAGGGAAAAUAGGGAAUAUAAAAGAUUUAAGCCAGCUGGAUAUAAAAUUGGGGGAAACGGUUAUAGUGCAUUGGAUGCACCACUGCCUUUAUGACGUCACUGGGAGUGACGUUGGGGCCCUCCAGCUCCUGACGAUGAUCCGGCCAAAGCUGAUCACCGUCGUGGAGCAGGAUUUGAGCCACGGGGGCAGCUUUUUGGGGAGGUUUGUCGAGGCGCUCCAUUACUACUCCGCCCUGUUCGACGCCUUGGGCGACGGACUGGAGGCGGAGAGCGUGGAGCGGCACACGGCAGAGCAGCAGCUGCUCGGCUGUGAGAUUAGGAACAUCGUGGCCGUGGGAGGGCCGAAGCGGACUGGGGAGGUGAAGGUGGAGAGGUGGGGGGAUGAGCUCGUGCGGGUAGGGUUUCGGCCGGUUUCCCUGGCUGGGAACCCGGCCGCUCAGGCGAAUUUGCUCCUCGGGAUGUUCCCGUGGCAGGGGUAUACCAUGAUGGAGGAGAAUGGGUGCUUGAAGCUCGGGUGGAAGGAUUUGUCGCUGCUGACGGCAUCGGCCUGGCAGCCGUCCGAUUAGCUCGAUCGGACGGCUGUGGCUCAGGUUGAGUAUCACUUUUUGGAUGUGAGUUUAGGGUGUUGUUAUAGUGUUAAUUAUACAUUAUUGUAUUUGUUCAUUUUGUGAUAGAAAAGUACUAUUCUUUCAUGAUGGAAUAAGAAGAUUAGCAUAUAUAUGAUGAUCAUUUGGGCA